UAUUGAUAUUUUUGGUAGCGCGUGAAAUGAAUGAAUGAAUGGGCCGUUGGACUCGACAAAAACUACGUUACAAAGGCAACUGAAUAUUUGAUUUUCUAGGUGUAGUGGUGGACUAUAGCUAGAUCAACCUUCCAAAAGUUUCCUGAUUGAAGUGAGAGCAUCGCCUCGUCAUGACGACCCUGGCGAGGAACCCCAAGUCUCUGGUGGCUGCCUUUGAUGAAAUUGUCCACUAUUCAUCCAUAUUGUCAAAAGGAUGCGAAGAAGAGUUUAUGAUAUGUGUGAAGAACCAGGAGGAGUGUCGGAAGAGAUUGCUUGCCGUCGAACAGGAUAGGAUGGGAGGAAGAGAACAGAGUUUGAAGCUGGGAGCCGAGAGGGAUGCACUCCUAACCAAACUCAAACAUGCAAGAAAUCAGUUAGAAUCUGAGAUGUCAAGGAGAAAGAAGGCUGAAUCAUCACAAGAAGAUCUAGAACGCCAGAUCGCCCUGAUCCGCGAACUCCUCACCAACGACAACAACAAGAUGAACACGCUGACUGAGAAGGAGCGUGAAUCGCUCAUGUUCCUCAGCCACAACGCAGGCACGCCCCAGCCGGGGACGGGCUCCCCCCACAAGCGUCUCUCUUGCAUCAAUGAGAAGUCCGCUGACCUCCUGUCGGGCUCCGACCUUGAUCUCGAUCACACGGAAGAGGAGCUGGACGUGUCGAUCUUGAGAGACGGCAAGAAGUGGCAUCGCAAGAAGAGGAAACCAAGUGCCCCACCAUUAGAAGAGGAACAUACGCCACCAAGGAAAAAGCGAUUGAGUCAUGACACAUCAAUUGUAACGACAGUGACCGUACCCCACGACCAUGGCCCCAUCAUAGCUACUACCAACGUGGAGAAGGGCAAUAGAUACAGAAGAAGCAUGAGUGAGUCCGCUCUUCCCCCGAAAGAGGAAGAGCACUUCCUGUGGAUGUCACCGAUCCAGCUACGGACACCAGGAAACAAGAGAGCCAGGAUACAUACAUUCUGUACAAAGACAGUCAUCAAACCAGAGUCAUGUGACCCGUGUGGAAAGAGAAUCAAGUUUGGGAAGUAUGCAUUGAAAUGUAAAGAUUGCAGAUUAGUUUGUCAUCCAGACUGCAAAGAUAAUGCCUCCUUACCAUGCGUGCCUACAGCGGGAACACCAAACAAGGCAAGGGCGUCGGCUCUCGACGAGUUCACUCCAGAAAAUCCUCCAUAUGUCCCUUCGCUAGUGAUUCAUUGCGUAACUGAAAUUGAAAUGAGAGGGCUGACAGAAGAGGGCAUUUAUCGCAUAUCAGGCUCAGAAAGAGAAGUCAGGGAAUUGACAGAACGACUUAACAUCAAGAAUGACCCUCAACUUGAGAAGGUUAGAGACAUCCACUCUGUCUCCGGUGCUCUCAAGCAGUUCUUCCGCAAUCUUCCCGAGCCUCUGGUCACCUUUGAACUCCACCAGGCUUUCAUGAAGGCUGCAGAACUGAAUGAUAUUGAUGAGAGUACCACCGCUAUGUACCAAGCCGUCAGUGAGCUACCACACCCGAACAGAGACACCAUGGCGUACAUCAUAACACAUCUUCAAAGAGUGUCUGAGAGUCCGGAGUGCAAGAUGCCUGUUUCUAAUCUCGCCAAGGUGUUUGGACCAACGAUCAUUGGGCACGGUUGCCCAGAUCCAGAUCCUAUGCAGAUGCUCAGUGACACCAGAACGCAACCAAUGGUUGUUGAGAGGCUGAUGUCACUCCCGGCUGAUUUCUGGAAAUCUUUCAUCAACUUUGAGACCGACACAGAGAAUUCUACCAUCUACGCCAACCGUCACAGGACCCCUGGAACACCCGGUCAACCAAUUCACACCAGCAUGCUUGGGCCUGUGCGCACACCGGGCAAGACACCCGGGAAGACGCCCUCUAACAGCAGCCUUGGAAAGGCCAAGACACUCCUCGGCAAGUCCUCACUCACUCCAAGUAUGAAGAAAACUACCGAUAAGAAGUCUUCUAGCAUCACGUCAAGUCUGAAGAAAACCUCGUCUUCUAAAAUGAGCGUCAAUACGAGCUCUGCCAAAAAGUCAAUUGGUGGGAUAACAAGGUUUGGCAGCAAGAGUGAACGCAGCAAGAAGGGCACUCAUUUCUUCGCUUCUCCUACACUCCGCUAGACCAUCAACAAGUCUCGAGGUAAUCCAGCACGAUGCAACCUUGGACCUUCCGCAGCAUUUUUAUGAUGGUGGCCUCAGCAGGAAAGAAUGAUUACAGAAUGGCUGAUACAGCUAUAGAGAGAUCAUUUUGCUAUCAGAUUAUAACUCAGAAAUGGUCUGUUGAUGAAGAUUUAUUUUAUUUUAAUUGCUGGCUUUAUAGUUAUUAUUGUUAUAUCUUGUGACAUUGAAGGACAAACACUACAAAAUUAAGGGAAGGCCAUUGCCGAUGUUCCAAGAUUAUAUCCUACAUACUCAGGAUGUUUUCAGACUGAUUGAUGAAAAGCUGAUUUGCCAAUCAUGCCUGAGUUUGUAUCUUUAAUCAAAUUUGUUGCACUGUAAUAACUUCAUACCUAUUAUCACUUCAAUGCAUGAAAACAUUCCUCAUGUGCAUGAUUGAAGCAAAACACGGCUAUGAAAACUCGCAUACUUUAAUAUGUUAUCGGAAUGUUAAGACGUGAGUUGUGCUUUUUUCAGCGAAUAAGAUUUCGGUCAUGUUAAAUUGCAUUUCUUUUCCAUGCACCGUUCAACUUGUAUGAUAAUAUUUUUCAAAGGUAACAAAGACCUGUCAGCAGUAUUAUCUUACAAAUUGGUUUUGACAAUUCAAUUGUAGAUUAAUCAAUAAAAAUCAAAGAAUAUUUGGUGAAAUUUGUUAUAAGGCUCUGAUUUCCUCAGCAUAUUUUGCUAGUUUUUUUGGUUUCUUGGUUUUCUGAUUACAAACAUUCUUAUUUGAAUUACAAGGAGACACUCAAACCUGACCCACAGAGGUGAAUCCAACCUUAUAUAAUGUACUCAUUGAUUAUUCUUGAGAAUUCAUAACUUUGUAACAACAAUAACCAUGCCACCAGCAUUUCAUGUUUGAUAUACUCAUUAAAAAAAAAGAUUACGCGUUUGCAUGGGAGAAAGAAUAGAUAGAAUUGUUGUAUAUUUAGCUAGGCUGUGCAAUAUAAAGAAAAAAAGAAGUCUCAAUCCAGCUGGUAUACAUCAAAGUUGGAGGGAGAAUCAUUUUGUUUAUUAUUCAUUUCUUUGUUUUAUUUAUCUAGUUGUAUUUUGUUGAUAAUUAUAUAUACUGUAAGGUAUUUGAAAACUCAUGACUUGUUUGCAUAAUACAUGUACAUAGAAAGUGCAUAGCUGUAUUACAAUAAGGGCAUAUGAACAUGCAUGUAUUUCAGUUGUAAAUUAUUUCUAACAACUUUUUUCUCUCUCUCUCAUCCAUGACACCAUUUGUAAUAUAUUGUAUAUAUCAUUUUAGAAUACUGUAAAAGAGAGAAAAAAUGUAUUAAUGAUGACUGCAUACAUGAACAGGCCCUUUUUCGUAAAGACUUUACUACAAUUAAACUGUCAUGAUUUAUUUGUAACUUCCAUAAAAAGCUUGAUUUUGAUUGACUGCUGAGCCCCAUUUCCAUGGCAGUCACUGUCAUUGUAUUAUGAAACUAGGCCUAGUACACUCACUGUUCAUAAAUUCGUAUGUGUCUCUAAAAUGAUUUGACACUGACACAUAUUUUAUCUUCCCUCCUACUUCGUCCUCUUUACGACUCUCAUUUUCCCACACAGGGCUUUUGUUAUCGAAGGAUACCAUCAUUUUAUAUAUUCAGAUGAAAUCAUAUCACCUUUUUUGGUAUAGGCCAGAUGUGUAGAUAGAAAAUAGAGUCGUGCAUGACUGUCCAGACGGCGUUUUGAAGAAGUACAAGAAUGAAUUUAUGUACUCGCUGCUCGUGUGUGCAAGACAAAAGUUACUCGACAACCGUUGCAUUAUCAGUAUUUCUCUGUUCAAGCACAUUGAAUCAAACAGGAUUUUCAUUCUUUUUAUGCAAGCAUUGAUGAAGUUAUUUCGUAUCGAUGUUAUUUAGGGUUGAGAAUUCUGUUUUCCAUAAAUUGUUUGUAAAUUGAUGUAAUGUACAUGUACCAUUUCCAUAAUGACAUUCCAGCAUUCAAAUACUUGUACUAGCGAUUACUUGUUCCCUGUCACGACUUCAUCAGUGAUUUGACCAUUAUCGAAGCAUCCUCAAUUGCACAUUGUUUUAAAGUUGCUAGCAUUUCAGUAUUGCAUCAAAACAUCAGGACUGGAAAUUGAAUUUAAUUAUAUCUUGCACUGUGUACAAAGGCAAAAUGUACUGGAAUAGUGUCUUUACUUAUAUCUGUAAAUAAUGUACAUAUUUUUCCUACUAUCUGUAAACAUGUAUAGACUAUGCAUUUUACCUAAUCAGAAGCUUGCCGAAAACAUCCAAACAUCACUUCACAGAGUUUCACGCAUUUUUCGGGGGAAACUAUGAUGAAUAAGGUCGAGUAACAUGGUUAUUUUUUAUUUAUUAUUAUCUCUUGGAUGCUUCUAAUUAUAUUUAAUGACAUGUUCAUUGGCUAGUAUCAUAAUCUAAUCAUUGCAAAAUUAUAUAAUCUGUAAUAUAAUUCUUGAAAGCUUUUGUAUAUGACAUUUACAUGCUUGGACCAAAUUUAUCUUCUUUUUUUUUAAUGAUGCACUUUCAUAUGUAAUCAUUGGCUCUUGAUAGCCUUCAAAUGGGCAACUAACGAUACCAUACAAAAGUUAUCUGCUGCUUAUUGUAAUAUAUAUAUUGCUUUUUUUAUACAACUGAAUGUGAAUGAUAGUAUGUUUCAUCAUUGCUGACUCUACGUAGUUACAAAUGUAUAUAUGUAUGUAAUCAGUGAAAGUGUAUUAGAGGGGAGGCCAAAAGCAGCUAUCUGGUCCCGGUAACACGAAACUUCUAGAUUGAUCGUAGCCAUUUUAUAUUUGAUUGCAUUGAUCAUCAUGUGCUCUCAAAUAUACAAAUUGAUAUUAUGAUCAGUAUAUUAAAGCUUUUUGUUACAGACAAGGACAAAACAUAAAGCUUUGUCACACAGUGCUAAAAUCACAUGGCGCUGGUUAUGUGUUUUAGGGGCAGGAUUCUGACAACAUAUCCAAAUGCGUUAUACGUUGUAGUCAUUUUUGUUUUGUUGUAGAAUAAAUCUAGAUUUCUUUGCUUGCAUUGAGAGCAAAGGAGUCAGAAAAGCUGAA